GCUAAUUACUAACACAGAUAUCUAGUAACCGAUGCCUUUUAUUGGGUACUAAAAACGAAACCAAAAAAACCCGCCUUAUAAAAAAAAAAUUGCACAAUUUUAUUAAACGCAUUAGGAAUUGCAGAAAAAUCGCGGAAUAUUUAAAAUAAAAAUUAAUAGAAUAUUGACUAGUUUAUGAGUUUCUGUUCGGAAAGAUGGAUACCUAUAAUAUGGAUGUAAUCAGCAACUUCAAGAGUCCUCAACACAGGAUUGUUGGUGAACUAGCCUACACCGAAGACGACAGUAUAUUAGUUUAUAAUGUAUUCAUUCGCAAUUUACCCAAAGGUGCCACCACGGAAAAUCUUACAGAAUAUUUUCGCAAAUUUGGUGAAGUUUUAAAAGUCGGAUUGGUGGGAAAUGGCAGAGGUAAAAGUUGUUAUAUAAACUUUGCUGAUCCUAAAGUAGCGUCCAAAGUUUUACAACGGGCCGAUCAUAUUUUAUUGAAUCGUCCACUUGUUGUACAACCCUGUCGUAGUUGGUAUCAACCAAGUGGUCAAAGACUACUCCAACUACUAAGUGAAAACUUUAAAAAUGAUUCAAUAACUGAUAACGCUUGCAGCCUUCCAUCUCACAUUGAACAGAAUGCCUUGAUUUUCACCUUAAAUGAUGAUUGCCUAGAGCACAUUUGCAAAGAACUAACUUUGAAUGAUCAAGUAAAUUUUGCUCUUACAUGCCAACGUUUUUGUGAAAUUUUUAAAAUGGUUUCACAUGUUCAAUACGCACAUUUAACCACCGAACUUUUCUCCACAUUAAGUAAAUUUAAAAUGAAAGUAUUUCUUCAUCUUGUGGGUUCACAAAUAAAGAGUUUGGUGAUCGAUUUUGUGUAUGGCUUACGUAGUACUAAUAUCGAGUUAAAAUUUAUUAAGUUUUUGGGUAAAUUUUGUAAAAAUGUUGAAAAGCUUAAGAUAGAUGGUUGCAAUCUACAUAUAAACAAAGUACGUGCAUUAAUUACAUAUAUGCCAUUAAUUGAGGAAUUUGAAUUGAAUAAUGUGGAGAUAAAUGUGACGUUAAUAAAAUUUUUGAAAAUGUUGAAAAAUUUAAAGUUUUUAAAUAUUAAGGAUAAUUCCGAUAUAACAGGUAAAAAUAUUUAUGUACUUAGUGAUUUGGAAAAAUUAUGCCUUUAUGGAUGUCAAAAUAUUGGUCCAUGGCAUUUUAAAAAAAUCUGUGAACAUCUUAAAAAUCUACAUUACCUCGAUAUAAGAUAUUGUGAUCUGUUGAAAGCCGAUGACUUCGAACAUAUUCAACAGUAUCUUUUACAAUUGGAAACCCUUAAAAUCUCUACAACCAGCGAAAGUUUCAACAGCAUUGCUCAUUUGCCAAAACUCAAGCACUUGGAGAUAAAGGAUUACCAUCAAAUCUAUGUGAAUGCAGAUUUUUUCCGGGUUUUAGCACAACAUCAAGCCGAAAAUUUGGAGGAACUGUUGUUGGUCGAUUUAGUAUGUUUUAGUUUGGAAAUCGCGUCAUUAGUUGCUGAAUUGAAAAAAUUAAAAUUAUUAUAUUGUUCCGGCUAUGGAAUUGAUGAUGACUCUUUAAAGAAAUUUUCCCAGAUAACCGGUUUAGAAGAGCUUAAUAUUCCCAAAUGCAAUGCCAUCACCGAUAGGGGGGUCGUACAAUUUUUGGAACGUGUCGUAAAAUUGAAACGUCUUAAUUUAACAAAUUGUGAUGCAUUAACGCCUGAUCUUAUACGCAAUGUUUAUCAAUUGUUGAUAGAACAACGUGCUCGUUAUCUUCGCACAGAUCGCUUGCACCUAACUAUCACUUCUACGGAUUUGUUUAUAUGUGUGAUUAAUGAACUUGGCUUAGAUAAACCUUCGGAUGUGCUUAAAAUUACUUUGGAUUAUGGACAGAAUAAGUCUAAUUAUAAUUUUGAAAACAAUGACUAUUUCGGUGGUGAAUUGGAUGAAUAUUAUGAUGAAUAUGAUGAAGAUGAUGAUUUUCCAUUUUAUGAUUAUUUUUCUGGUGGUGAAUUAUCCGAAGAUGAAGAUGAAAGCUUUUUAGAGAACGUUUUGUUGCUUCAGUACGCCUACGAUCCAUAUUUUAAUUAAAAGAAUCUCACUGAUACCUUUAUAAAGGCUAUAAGCAUUAUUUACAAAAUAUCAAAUAAAUACAUUAUUAUAUCUACAUUAGUUUUAAUAUUUUAAACUUUGCAUUAUAUAAUUUCAUUUAACAAAACUUUAAGUUUCUACCUGUUUAAAUUUUAUUUAAUGAAUUGUUUUAUUUUAAUUUUAAAUGUUUGUCUUUAAAGAACUGAAUUGAAUUGUUAAUCUUAAUCUUACUUUAUUUUUAAUUACAAAUAUAAAUUAUAUGAAAAAAACUAAAA